AUGAUAAUCCUUCUAAUAGACCCACUGCAUCUGAUAUUCAUAAUAGGAUGUAUCAGAUAUUUAAUGAUAGUAGUGCGAAAAACGAAAAUGAAUUAGCAAAAUUAAAAGCAUUCCAGUCAGCAGAUGCAAUUAUUCCAAUGCUAUCAACCGAAUUGUCAAAUUGCCCUAAAGACAAACUUACAA